AUGCACAUAAAACCAUUCUUCUUCUUCUGGCUAGCCCUCCUAGCUGGCGCCGCUUCGGGACUCACGCUCAACACUUUCCAUACUCGAACCAAGGCUCUCAAGCGGACUCUACUCGCAAAAGGCGGCGGGGUUCGAGGAGGUGGGGGAAUACGAGGUUCUUCCUCAACGCGAGGAGGUAGUGGAAUGGGUAGAGGCGGUAGCGGGGAUACAGGAUUCCGCGCCGUCGGUGCGCCCGGUAUUAACACAAACGGGCGUUAUGCAAACUUUUUCGGCGGUGGCGGCGGGAAACCGUUUACUCUCUCUUCCCCGUCAGUCUUUGCUGGACGUAGCAUGGGCGGAGGGACACGUGCUCAAGUCCCCGGAACGCGCACCUAUGGCAGCGGCUACCCUGGAGGAGGAGGAGGGCGAGGAGACUCUUUCCCGUUUGGUUUCUGGCCUAUCUACUGGAUGGGUCAUAGAGACUGCGAGGAGUAUGGUGGAAACUCGACAAUAGAUGCGCAAAGACCUGGCGGUCCACAGGUCAUCAUGGAACUUGCCGCCAAGUCUGGUGUAUGGAACUUGACGAGCGUCAAUGUCACCGUAAACGGCACAACGACGAGAACGCAAGAGUCGUACUGGAUGAUUGGAGAUAUCGAGAGUGUCACUGCUCUUGCGAGUGUACUCGCAGAUUCACGGACGACAGAAUACGGAUGUGGCAUCGACAGUAGGCCGAUUCUUCCUUUCAACUCGAGCAAUACGGCGAAUGCAAGUUUACCCUAUUUUGAAAACGUCAUCCAGUGGUAUCGUUCCUCGUCGUUUGCGAUUGCCACAACCCAAUACAACAAUACAUAUACCUUCCCGCCGCUCAACGAGACGGUAGACUUUGGAUGGAACGCAUCCACUCCACUGCCUACAUUUAUCCAGACACAGGUUGAUGCGUACCUGUCAUACACGCAGACGCCUACGUCCUUUCUGGCGUGUCUCAAUCGAACGAUUUCUGCGGCGUUACCAAUUCUCGAUGAACCGCCACCGCUUCUAUCUGUCGGGGGGAUCAUCGGUGUGACAAUUGCAUGUUGUAUCGGCUUCUUAAUCCUAUGCGGUUGUCUGCACUACCUAUGGUGCAAGAUCCGCGAUGGAAUUGCCAAUGGGAUUGAGGCACACAGGCGGAAGCGGGCCGAGGAGAAGAGACAAAGGGAUACAUGGAAUCGGAAUCUCCAGAAUCGCGACGAAUACGAUUACGCACGAGUCGACAGUGGUCACUAUCAUAGUUCGUCAAUCAGUUUUGUGCGACCACCUUCGCCAUAUCACAUUGCCUAUCUCGAGCCUGUACCUUCGAUGGAGACUCCCUAUGACCGGUGUAUCUCCACGCCAAACCCCGAGUUCCUCGUCUACAGCUCGCACCCUUUCUCCUAUACAAACAAACGCAACCCUCUCGACUUCUCCCACAUUCUCAUACCUCAGGCUUAUUUAUCGACCACUGUCCCUUCCUCUGGAGAAAGCCGUAGGCGGGGAUAUGCAUCAAGACUGAGCGUCGCCAGCACAACGCCGUCCAUGAAGACUGCCUGUGACGAGAUUUUGAGCUCCUCAUCAACAGAGCGCAAGGAUCAACUUGCAAAGAAAGACGACGCAUUCCUUUCUCCCCCAAAGGAGCCUCUGGUUCUUACUCAAACACCACGAUAG